GUUCGAAUAAGUCCCGUGGUAAAUAGACGAGGGUUACUGCUGGUCGCAGAUGAAACGAAUCCCAGUUGGGUUCCACGUUGGAUCACUGUUCGACGUCCAUUCCUCUACAUUUACGAAAACGAGAAGGAUACUCUUGAACGACGAAUCAUAAAUCUAAAAGUCACUCAGGUUGAGUAUAGUGCCGACGAUAACGAAAUUUUCGGAACGCACAAGAGUGAUACUUCUGAUACUAAAGCACCUGAAUCCGGUAAACUUUCAAUGAUUUUCUCUCUCACAUACGCUGAUCGAAAGAUUUUUAUGAAGACAGGACCAAAUUCAAGCAAGAAUGAAAUCCACGAAUGGCUGUAUGCAAUUGAUCCUCUAAUGGCGGGCGAAAUUAAGUAA